AAUACUGACGAGUAUGAAUACGCGGUUGACUAAAUACAGGCUGCACUCCAUAUUUCUUAAAAGACAAUUACUCGGAAUAUUUAUGCACUUAAAUUGGCAAAUGAGAUUAGCACAUUUUGUGCUACUUGUACAUUAAAGACUAUCUUUUUUAUUUGACAUUAGUGAAUAAAAAACAGCUCGAAAUACCCUUACAGAUUGAAGAUGUUUCAACUGGCAAAUUAUGUUUUUUUUAAUUAUUCAAAAGUUGAUUCAGAGUGUAAUGGCUAUAACAGAUCCGUCCAUUGAAAAUAGUGAUGUUGCUAAACGGCAACGUAAACUUGUGAAAACUUGUCUCCAGUUUUUCGAAACCUCGGAUGCAGUGUAUUGGGCAGAUAAACUCGUGUCUCUAACUUCUUAUCAUUUGGAAGACGUAUAUCUCUUAUGUAGAUCCUUGUUUGCUGACAAACAAUAUAAGAGGUGUGCCGUAUUGAUUAAAGACAAUUCUCUCGAAGCGGAAAUACCAGCUUUCAGAUUACUCGCUGCAAGGUGUCAUUUCGAACUGAAUGAAUGGGAAGAAGCACUAUCUGUAUUAGAGGGUGGAAACUACAAUUGCUUCUCAGCUACGGGGAAGCCAAAUCUACGAAGAACAGUUAAAACAUCAAACAGAAACACUGAUUGUAUUGACUGGGGAAUGAGUCAUUCGCAGAUUAACAGCAGAAUACAUCUUCUCCUGGGAAAGGUUUACGAAGCUAUUGAAAACCGCGAGUUGGCUGAGAAGAAUUUUCGCGAGUCUCUGAAGUUAGAUGUGUUCACCCAUGACGCCUUUGAGCGACUGACAAAGCAUCAUUUGCUUACAGGGCAAGAAGAAGAAGAUCUAUUCAACAGUCUACCAUUUCACGAACAGUGUUCCAGCGAUGAAUGUGCCAAACUUGUCAAAUUCUUGUACGAAAGCAAUCUCAAAAAAUGUCACAAAGUGUCGAAAACAGUAUCAAAAACUUUGCAAUCAGUUUCACCUCAAAUCUCUCAAGCCCUGUCUGAGAAUAACGAAGUUAAGACGAGUUACGCCGAAAGACUGUUCUUCAAUAACGAGUUUCAUCAAUGCUAUGUCAGAACAAAAGAGAUUCUCAAGUCCGAUCCAAUGUUUAAACCGACAUUGAUGUUACAUAUAAGUGUUUUGGUGGAGCUGAAUAAAAGCAAUGAGUUGUUCAGCUUGGCUCACAGCCUGAUAGACGUCCACCCCGAGUACGCAGUCUCCUGGCUGGCAGUUGGCUGCUACUAUUUUCUUAUUGGAAGACAAGACCCGGCCAGGCGAUUUCUAAAGAGAGCAAUUUCUAUUGACAAUAUGAAUGGACCCUGUUGGCUCGUCAAUGCGCACUCCUUCGCCGCUGAAAAUGAACAUGAUCAGGCUAUGGCAGCCUACUUCACAGCUGCGAAACUGAUGCGUGGCUUCCAUCUUCCCUCUCUCUACAUUGGUCUGGAAUACACAGUGACUAACAACUUGACCCUGGCAGAGAAGUUCACUCGCGAGGCACUGCACAUAGCACCAGAAGAUCCAAAUGUGCUGCAUGAACUGGGAGUCAUUCUAUACAAUAAAGGUGACAUGGACGGAGCUGAAAAGUGUAUGCUAGUUUCAAUGCAGAAAGUUGACGAAUUACAAAGCGAAGUUCCUUCGUCCAAAUGGCAACCUCUUCUAAACAACCUCGCUCACGUCUAUCGCGCAACAGGAAAGUACAAUGAUGCUGUUCAACUGCACGAACGUGCACUUAACCUAAAUCCUAACAGUGCAUCAACCUAUUCUAGUCUGGGAUUAGUGCACUGCUAUUUGUUCAACUGGACUGAAGCAAUUGGCUGUUUUCACAGAGCGCUUUCGUUCAAGCGAGAAGAUGCGUUUACUGUAGCUAUGUUGAAAAUAGCUCUUGAGAAAUCGAUUUCAUCGCCAAACUCUUCAAGCGUCGUCUCUAAGUUCGAAGAAGUCAGCUUGGAUAAAAUUAAGUUAGGACGGCCGGAGCUUAAACAUGAAGGAGAUCUAGAUGACUUCAAUUUAACAUGUGAAAUUCAGAAAUCUAAUAGUGAUGCAGCGUUCCAAGGUCAGCAACACGAACGAGUAUCGGCUGCUAGUUUCAUUUCCAAUAAUUCCUUGUUUUCCGAAGGAGACCAAACACGGCAUCAACAGUCGAGUUUAAUGGACUUGGAUGACUCUAUAUGAAAUGAAAAAUGCUAAAUUUGAAAGGCUCAUAUUCAGUUCAGUUUUGCAGUUGUAUUGUAAUCGUUGAAAAACCUCAUGAUGGAUAUUUGUUUUUGGAGGAAAACCUAUAUUUGACCUUUACCGAUGCGUAAUUGCAAAAUUUUAUGUAAAAAACAAUUUAUUUAUGAUUAAUAGUGAGAGCUUGUAAUAGUUGACUCAAAUUGU